AUGCCUCGGCUGAAGAGCUGCAUAACACUGUGCCCCUUGGCCAUUUGCCUUGUGGGGGAUGGACAUCCUGGCCCAUUCCCUCUUGCAAAAGGACAAUGCAAGUUCUUGUUGGUGGCCAUUGAUUAUUUUACAAAAUGGAUUGAGGCCGAACCAUUAGCUAUGAUCACUGCAAGCAUGGUCCAGAAGUUCCUAUGGAAAAACAUUGUCACAUGCUUCGACAUUUCGCACGCUAUUGUAACAGACAAUGGCCCUCAAUUCACGGAUCAUAAGCUGAACAAAUUCAUCCAAGACUUGGGUAUCCGACACCGAUUCACAUCGAUCGAACAUCCCCAAUCAAACAGACAAGCUAAAGCUGCAAACAAGGUGAUCUUUACCGAACUGAAGAAACGUUUGGGAGAUUCCAAAGGAGCUUGGGCUGAAGAACUGUUAAAAGUUUUGUGGGCAUACAAAUGUACGCCUCAAUCCACAAUAAGGGAAACCCCGUUCUGA